UCCGGCUCGCCCCCUGCUGCUGCUCUUUAGUGUACGCCGCUGCCGAGAUGCGACAGGACCAAGACGGACACAUCUGCCUGUCUGGGUUCAAGGGAACAAAAGCCCCCGAAACUCCCGAACUCCGGACUCGGCCAUGGCCUCCACAUCAGAGAAACACACCGGACCCGGCGCCGGCCCUACCCUGCCAACGACGAACGAUCCGGGCCGCCGGCAGGACCGCCCGGGUGCCGGACUCCGCAUCCGCGACUGGGUCCGCUCGCCCGGGGCCGGGGUUUCCCGCCGCCUGGGACACGACUCCGGCUCCUCCUCCGCCGACGCCGCUGCCGUCGGAGGAUCGGAGCCGGCCGCGGAACAACGUCGCCGGAGCCCGCCGAAACACGACCCCUGGUGGAAUAUCCACCUCUUCCGGGGCAUGGUCAAUGACGUCCGCAAGAGGGCGCCCUACUACCUCAGCGACUGGACCGACGCGUGGAACUACCGCGUCGUUCCCGCGACCGUGUACAUGUUCUUUGCAAACAUCCUCCCCGCGCUGGCCUUCUCUCUCGAUAUGUUCAACAAGACCAGCAUGCAGUACGGCGUCAACGAGGUGCUGCUCGCGUCCGUGUUGGGCGCCGUGGUGUUUUCUGUCCUGGCCUGUCAGCCUUUGGUCAUUGUCGGCGUCACGGGGCCCAUCACCGUGUUUAACUAUACCGUUUACGACAUCAUGAUGCCAACCGGCACUAACUACCUGGCCUUCAUGUGCUGGAUCGGUUUAUGGUCUCUCGUUUUUCACUGGAUCCUGGCCGUCACCAACUCAUGCAACUGGCUGCGUUACGUGACCCGCUUCCCCUGUGACAUUUUCGGUUUCUACGUCGCCUUCAUCUACCUGCAGAAGGGCAUCCAGAUCCUCGAGACCCUCGGCGACGAUGAGCCCUUCUACCUGUCCGUUGUCGUCGCCCUGUGCGUCUUCGGUGUCGCCUACAUCUGCGGCGAGCUCGGCCGGAGCAGCCUGUUCAAGCACCCCGUGCGCGUCUUCCUCAAGGAUUACGGCACUCCUCUGACCCUUGUCUUCUUCACCGGCUUCGUUCACAUGGGCAAGAUGAAGCACGUCUCCCUCGAGACCCUGCCGACGGGAAUCGCGUACAUGCCGACCGUGUCCGAUCGCGGUUGGUUCAUCCACUUCUGGGACAUCCCGGUCCGCGACAUCUUCAUCGCCAUACCCUUCGCUCUUCUCCUGACCAUUCUCUUCUGGUUUGACCACAACGUAUCCUCCCUGAUCGCCCAAGGGACCGAAUUCCCCCUUAAGAAGCCGGCCGGUUUCCACUGGGACCUCUUUCUCCUCGGCCUCACCACGGGCGUGGCCGGCCUGCUCGGCCUGCCCUUCCCCAACGGUCUCAUCCCGCAGGCCCCCUUCCACACCGAGUCUCUCUGCGUGACCGAGGUGGUCCCCUCCGGCUCCUCCUCCGUCUCCCCGGACUCGUCCGACACGGACAACAACCCCUCCUCCUCCUCCGGCGCCACCAAGGGCUUCCGGCUCCGCGCCGCCUACGUCGUCGAGCAGCGCGUCUCCAACCUCGCCCAGGGCCUGCUGACCCUCGUCGCCAUGACGGGACCCCUGCUCACCGUCCUGCACCUCAUCCCGCAGGCCGUCCUCGCCGGCCUUUUCUUCAUCAUGGGCUUCCAGGCCCUCGAGGCCAACGGCAUCACGGCCAAGCUGCUCUUCCUCUUCCGCGACGCCGCCCUGACACCGCCCGGUCACCCGCUCCGUCGCCGUCAGAAGGGCGUCCGCCGCGCCGCCGUCUGGGCUUUCGUCGCCGUCGAGCUCCUCGCCUUCGCCGCCACCUUUGCCAUCACCCAGACCGUCGCCGCCGUCGGCUUCCCCGUCUUCAUCUUCGCCCUCAUCCCCCUCCGCGCCCUCGUCCUGCCCCGCUGGCUGACCAGGGAGGAGCUCGACGUGCUGGACGAGCCGACGGCGAGCCCCUUCACCAUGGAGAGCGUCGGCGGCACGUUCGGCGGCAGAGGAGGCGGCGGCGGCGGCGGCGGCGGGGAUGAGGAUGGUCGUGGCGGCGGUGGUUCUCAUGGCUAUGAUUCUGUCUUCUUGGAUGAUGUGCCCGGUGGCGAGCCAGGGUCGGGCGACGAGACGGAGAAGCGGGGGAAGGAAAGGGAGGAGUCGGACCGUGACCGUGGCCGUGGCCAUGGCCGUGGCGACGAUGGCGAUGUGCGGAGUGACGAGGAUCUUGCGGAGCUCGGAGAGAGUCGGUCGGCGGGCAUGAGGAGACGUCUGAGCACGCUACAUCGUGAUGAGAGCGUCUAGAGAAGAGAGUGUGUAAAGAGAGUCGGGCCGGGCCAGGAAAAGGCAGUCCAGUAGUAACGGUAGUCUCGGCCCGGGCCUGGCAUUGUCGUUGUCGUCGUCGUUUCGUCUCGCCGGCAUGCUUUCACCCCGGCACGGUACGGAC